AUGACGACGGAACGGACUUUCCUCCUUCGCCCUGACGAAACACGCUUAAAACCAAGGGUGGUUGUUGGGAUUAUCUCUACUUGGAUCGUCACUUUCCUCGCUGCCGCAGAUAGCACCAUUACUUCAACUCUAUCCGCGACCAUCGCCAACGAAUACAAAUCUCCAUCACUCGUAUCAUGGCUUGGCACUGGAUACCUGAUCGGUCUUACGGUCACCCAACCACUCAGCGGAAAGUUGAGUGAUAUAUUCGGCCGGCGAGAAACCUUCUGUUUCGCAUCUGUUAUGUUCACCAUCGGAAAUCUGAUCUGCGGUCUUUCUCGUUCGAAAACUAUCAUCAUCAUUGCUCGUUUCGUCACUGGGAUCGGAGGCGGGGGUUGCAUCUCCAUCGCCACUUUCAUCUUAUCAGAUAACAUCCCUCUCCGGAGCCGCGGAUAUUGGCAAGGAUUGAGCUCUGUAUGGUUUACAGCUGGUAUGGGGCUAGGCGCAGUCAUCGGAGGAGCCACUCACGAUGCCUUCGGUUGGCGAUGGGCAUUUAUUGGAAUCGCUCCCAUCUCCUUUCUCGCAGGAAUCGGUGUGGCGAUUUUCGUGCCUGAUCACCGCCAACGCGGACAAAGUCUUCAAGAGAUGCUAAGGCGUGUUGACUUUGCUGGCGCCGCAACAUUGGUUUCAUCCCUAGUCCUCCUCCUCAUCGGUCUUAACCACGAGGGAACUCGGAUUGUAACGACUCUUUUCGCCGUCACGGUGCCCCUCGGAUUGGUCCUUCUGGUGGUAUUCCUGCUUAUUGAAUGGCGCUGGGCAGAGGAACCUAUCAUCCCGAUGUCAAUGUUUCGUCAACAAACCGUGAUAGCCGUGUGCCUGACCGCAUGGUUCGCAUCUAUGGCUGCGUACGCAAUCAUCUACUAUGCUCCUCUCUAUUUCCAGAUGCUAGACUAUUCUACUAGUCGGACCGGCCUGUAUCUAUUGCCAGACGGUCUCGGCUCGGGGAUUGGUUCUGCCCUAGUCGGGGUCGUAGUUGGGAUUACUGGAAGGUACGGUGUGUUCAAAUACACAAUGCCUGCCCUCAUGAUCAUCGCCGGCGCCGGAUUCAUGUUUGUGACGGAGAUAACUCAUUGGGCUUUACCCGAGAUCUAUCUUCUCUGUAAAGGCAUCGGUAUGGGAGGCACUGUCACAACUCUCAUUCUUGCGCUCCUUCCUGCCGUGCCUCAUGACCAACAUGCCACAGUCACCUCCGCCUACUACGCUUUUCGGUCCACGGGAUGCACUAUCGGACUUUCUGCCGCGACUGCGGUUUUUUCGGCUCGGUUGAAUCAACACGCAAUUACCACUGGGAACACUUGUGUACCAGGCGACGCUUGCUAUCUCGAUGCGCUUCAUCGAGCGUUUCAAUUGACCUUCGGAUUCUCAUGCGCGGCGCUUAUUUCGUCGCUCUUCAUUGUAUCUUAUGAUACUAGAAAAAAAUAA